UUCAGUUAGUAUUGUAUAUUUUGUACUUAAAUUAAACACCUAAUUAAAUAUGAUACAAACAUUCAUAUUAAUAUUAAUCUUUGUUAGUCAUGUAAGGCCAAACAAAAGAAAUGAAAAUACCUAUCUCAGAUUACCAAUGGGUGAAUACCGAGCAAUAUUCAAAACAAUAUAUAAUUGCAAUCCAGUAGCAGAUAAAAUACAGUUCAAUUAUUAUUUAAAUAAGAAACCAGAUAACUCAACGGAGAUUAAAGGAAAUAUGACAGCUUUAAUGCCGAUAGAUGAUUCUUUAUUUAUAGAUGUAAAUAUAGCGGUUAAAGAUGUUAAUGGAGCUUGGAAAGAAAAUUCAUUUUUAUUCCAUUCAGAAAAAGCUUGCUCAACGGCUAAAAAAAUAACGACUCAAAUAGAUUUGAGUGGCCUUGGAUUUAAUUUCAAAUGUCCUAUAACUGUGGGUGUUUACAUAGCGACUGGAUUGGAUACAUCAAACUAUGAGAAGCUCAAUUAUAUCCCUAAGUCGUUUCCUUACGGAACAUAUAAAAUACGUUUCGUUUUGAAUGACAAAAAAAAACAAAGUUAUGGUUGCUUAAUUACUAUAGUACAAGUAGUGCGUCCAUGGGAAAUAUUAUAA